AUGAGCUCUGCUGGAGACGAAGAGCGCGCUGCUGCGAGCGGAGAACAGAUCCGCCCGCCAGUGCAGGAGGGCCGCGACGCGGAGCUUGCAAAUUUGCAACGGCAGAUUUCGCAAAUUACGGCCCUGGUGGAGGAGUCGGUGAAGAAGAAGGAGCCUGGUAGCGUCGUGGCGGAUGCAGCCAGUAGGGGCGGCUGGGUUGCUGCCCCCAGAGGCCAACGAGAAGAGCCCACGCUGCCGCUCGGCGGUGGCGGGGGAUUUCUCCAGCAGCAAACGAGAGAUAGUGGGCAAGGACCACGGUCGCUGCUGGAAGGCGGCUGGGCCAGCAGAUCGGGAGCGAACCCUGUUGGACCAGCCGGAGUGGGCCCGGGCAUAGGACCGGACUACGGGGAAGCGAGGGGGUUAAACCCCCCAGCGAAGUUCCUGUUGGAGACAGCAACGGCGCCGGAUAGGGCCGAAAUCGUCAGGAUCGUGAGCACGGUGCACGCGAGCCUCCCGGAGAGCAUCGUGUCUUUGUCUUUGACGGAAGCCGAGUACAUUGCUGCCUGGGAGGGCGUCAAGGAGGCGUUGUUUGUGCGUGCUGUGCUUUCGUUUGUUGCCCCAAAGACCAGUGGUAGCAGCAUCCAGACCCUCGAGGACAACCAAAGGGAGCCAUAG